UAAUCUGAAAGAAGGAAAACUGCGAAUUGGUGAUAAAAUAUUUUUAUAUGUAUAUGUACAUGUAUAGCAAUAUACCUUAAGUGUUCAUACACAUCAUUUAUAAAAAUACGGAUCUUAGAUUAAUUGGAGACAGCUUCAGCUGGUUGGCAACAAAUGUAUAUUGUAUUUCAUUAUAUUACAAUUAAAUAUUGAGGAAUGGCUGAAAAUACUACUGCAUCAAAUGCAGAGGAAAAGGCUAUUUCCUCAGCUAUGACACAGUGUUAUGAAAAUUAUAUUAUAGUUGAUGUUGGUGCUAAUCUUACUAAUAAAAAAUAUAGCAGAGAUCUAGAUAGUGUAAUUCAAAGAGCAAAAGAUGCAGGGGUACAAAAGAUUAUGGUAACAGGUGCAAGUAUUCGUUCUAGUAAAGAGGCAUUAAGAUUGACUAGGAUAUAUCCUGGUACACUUUAUUCUACUGCUGGUGUUCAUCCUCAUGAUGCAAAAUCAUGGGAAAGUCCUAAUACUUUGCAAGAACUUGAAAGUAUAGCUAAUAAUCCAGAAUGUGUAGCAAUAGGAGAAUGUGGCUUAGAUUAUAGUCGUGAUUUUUCUGAUCCUGAAACACAACGUGCUGUAUUCCAUAAACAAGUGGAACUUGCAUGUCAGUUAACUAAGCCACUUGUGAUACAUGAAAGAGGUGCUCAAACAGAUGUUCUAGAUGUUCUAAACCACUAUAAAAAUUGUUUGCCACCAAUUCUAAUCCAUUCAUUUAUUGGAACUGCAAAGGAAGCACAAAUCUAUUUAGACCAUGGCUUUUACCUGGGCAUUACUGGAUAUUUAUGUAAAGAUAAAUCUGAUAGUGGUAUAAGGCAAUUGUUGGAGAAAAGACUUGCACCUUUAGACAGAAUAUUGAUAGAAACAGAUGCUCCAUUCAUGUAUCCUAAUACUAGAGCUAGUAAAUUACCUGUACAUGUUAAAGAUGCUCUAACUGAACGAUCCAUGACAUUUCUUCAUCGUUACUGUACUUUUCAACGUAAUGAACCAUGUGCUUUACCAGCAAUAGUGGAAAUGGUAGCAGCAUUUAUGCAAAUUGCUCCAGAGGAAGUUGCUUUAGCUACUGCUUUCAACGCUUUAAAAUUAUUUGGUCUAAAUCAGUGAUAUUAACAGUUAUCUUUCAUUUAAAGAAAUGGUGCUAGUGGGUGCUAUUUAAUAUUUUAAUUAUUCUGUUAUCAAUAUAUUGUCUCUUUCCAUGUUUAAAAACAUUACUUGUGUGUUUAUCAAAGUAUGUCUUUCAUAAUAAUACCAACUUACAUUAAUAUUGCUUAUCAACAAUUAUUGGAGAGAAAUACAUCAUC